AUGGGACAAGAUGCAUCCACUCCCGUAGACGAGAGCACGCCACCUCAGACAUUGGAGAGCAGGACACUCGACGGGAUUGCAAAUUACAUAAAGUCCGGACGUGCGCAGCGCAUAGUAGUCAUGACCGGCGCAGGCACGUCUACUUCAGCGGGUAUACCAGACUUUAGGUCCCCAGAAACCGGCCUCUACGCAAACCUCUCCCGCCUCAACCUCCCUUACGCUGAAGCUGUCUUCGACAUCUCCUACUUCCGCAACAACCCGCUCCCCUUCUACACACUGGCGCGCGAGCUCUACCCCGGCAAAUACCGGCCGACGAUUACGCACUCCUUCAUCCGGCUCCUCCACGACAAGGGCCUCUUGCUCAAGCUCUUCACGCAAAAUAUCGACUGCCUCGAGCGCGAAGCCGGGGUACCCGACGAGGCGAUCGUAGAAGCGCACGGCUCCUUCGCGCGCCAGAGCUGCAUCGAAUGCCGCUCCCCCUACCCCGACGACUCGAUGCGCGAGAUGAUCGCAACGGGGGACGUGCCGCACUGCGAGGAAUGCGGCGGGCUCGUGAAGCCCGAGAUCGUCUUCUUCGGCGAGCAGCUGCCCGCGGCCUUCUUCCUGAACCGCAUGAAGCCCGCCGAGGCGGAUCUGUGUAUAGUUAUGGGGACCAGUUUGACGGUGCAGCCGUUUGCGAGUUUGCCCGGGUUUUGUGCGGAGGGCACGCCGAGGGUGUUGAUUAAUAAGGAGAGGGCGGGGAGUCUGGGGAGUAGGGCUGACGAUGUACUAUUGUUGGGGGAUUGUGAUGAGCGCGUGAGGGACCUUGCGAGGGCGUGUGGGUGGCUGGAGGAGCUGGAAACACUGUGGGCGAAGACUGCGCCAGAGGGAAGGGAAGGCGAGAAGCAGGAGCCGGAGAAGAGCAAGGAUGAGAAGGUCGAGGAUGAGGUGGAGAAGCUGACGAAGGAGGUCGAGCGAACUUUGAAGCUUUCCAACAGUCACAAGAGUUGGUUGGAGCAGCAUCUGAGUGAGAAACAGGCGAAGGGUACUGAGAACGCUGGGGAUGAGGAAACCGGACAAAGCACCAUUGAGGGCAACGAAAGUAGACUGACAGAUCCUAUAACAGGAGUCGGUAUGGCAAAGAGCGACGAUGCGGAAGCGCCGAAAACAGAUGACGAUGGCGGCGGCGGGCUGGGCCAUAUCUACCCUCACAUAGACAAGAAGUCGUCGCUGUAA